UCCYUGCCUCCUAACCGCCCGCGCCUGCUGCCAGGCAGCGGCGAGGAUGGCGAGCCGUGGAGCCCGGCCGGUGACGAGAGCAGCGGCUCCGCCAUUGGGCGACGAGGCCUGAGGGACGGGCCAGUUUGGCGCACGAGGAGAGACUCAGGCGGCCCCGAGAGAGCCAGGGCAAUGGAGGCCAACAUGCCGAAGCGGAAGGAGCCUGGCAAGUCCCUCCGCAUCAAAGUCAUCUCCAUGGGCAACGCCGAAGUGGGGAAAAGCUGUAUUAUAAAGCGAUACUGUGAGAAAAGAUUUGUGUCUAAAUACCUUGCAACAAUUGGAAUUGACUAUGGAGUCACCAAAGUACAAGUCAGAGACAGAGAGAUCAAAGUCAACAUCUUUGAUAUGGCUGGACAUCCCUUCUUCUACGAGGUCCGCAAUGAGUUUUACAAGGACACGCAGGGUGUGAUGCUGGUCUAUGACGUGGGGCAGAAAGACUCCUUUGAUGCCCUGGAUGCAUGGCUGGCAGAGAUGAAGCAGGAACUCGGGCCUCACGGGAACAUGGACAAUAUUGUAUUUGUAGUGUGUGCCAACAAGAUCGACUGCACCAAGCACCGCUGCGUAGAUGAAAGUGAAGGGCGUCUCUGGGCGGAAAGCAAAGGGUUCCUAUACUUUGAAACCUCAGCACAGACUGGAGAAGGGAUCAAUGAGAUGUUCCAGACCUUUUAUGUGUCCAUAGUUGAUUUAUGUGAAAAUGGCGGAAAACGUCCUACCACAAAUAGCAGUACUAGUUUCACCAAAGAACAAGCAGACACCAUUCGCAGAAUUCGAAAUAGUAAAGAUAGUUGGGACAUGCUGGGAGUCAAACCUGGGGCCUCAAGGGAAGAGGUCAACAAAGCCUACCGGAAGCUCGCUGUGCUUCUGCACCCCGACAAGUGUGUAGCGCCUGGCAGUGAAGACGCCUUCAAAGCUGUGGUGAAUGCCCGGACAGCCCUCCUGAAGAACAUCAAGUAGAGUAGGAAAGACAGACUGGAUUGACGACACCCCUAAGGGAAGGAACCAACAGGGACUUUCCUUCCCAGAAUCUCACUGCUCUGCUCUCUCCUGGCUGUCAUUUAUAAAUCAGUAGCUCAGUGCCUGCUGCAUCUCUAGGCCCUUCACAGCGAGAUGCUGCACGUGGAGAGAACCAGGCGGCUCUGCUCAUGGGCUUCAUUUCUGAUUGCCAGGCGGCCUGAGGGGCUUCCAAGGCGCUGGGCCGUAGCAUCCCUCCUGGAUUGCUUGGAAAAGUCCACUAGGUUUCUGGGGAGGGAAGAGGACAGUGGGACCCUUUGCU